GGAACAUUAACGCAUCAGCAAGAUCAAGUUGAAGCAAACGGUGAAAGCUGAGACAAUGGCACUUGUGACUCUCCCAGGGCUAGAUGGCGUCCUGCCUUUGAUUGCCUCUGGCAAAGUACGCGAACUCUUCCAAGUCGACGGCAACUCUCUCUUGUUUGUUGCAACAGAUCGCAUCUCGGCCUACGAUGUGAUAAUGAAAAAUGGUGUCCCUGACAAGGGCAUCAUGCUCACGCUCAUGACUGCCCAUUGGUUUAAAUAUCUACAGCAACAAAUCCCAGAUCUCCAAACGCAUUUUAUCUCAUUAGAUGUGCCAUCCGCAGUGUCAGCAGACAAGGCUGCUCAACUCAGAGGCCGGAGCAUGCAUGUGAGAAAGUUAAAGGUGUUUCCAGUCGAGGCCAUCGUGCGUGGGUACAUUUCUGGUUCAGCGUGGGCGUCUUACCAGAAAAAUGGCACUGUCAACGGCAAGAAGAUGCCAGAGGGUCUGCAGGAAUCUCAGGAACUGCCCGAGCCCAUCUAUACGCCCAGCACCAAGGCCGAGCUUGGUGCCCAUGAUGAGAACAUCUCCACGGAGGAGGCAGCAAAAGUUGUCGGCGACAAGUAUGCUGCGCGUAUCGAAGAGCUGGCCUUGAAAAUCUACAAGGCCGCCAGAGAUUAUGCACGUGAGAAAGGAAUCAUCAUUGCCGACACCAAGUUUGAAUUUGGCUUGGAUGAAGCAACCGAUCAAGUGGUCUUGGUUGACGAGGUGUUGACACCGGAUAGCUCAAGGUUCUGGUCGGUCGAGAAAUACCAGAUUGGCAAGGGUCAGGACAGCUUUGAUAAGCAGUACCUUCGGGAUUGGCUGACCUCAAACAACCUCAAAAAUAAAGAAGGUGUUUCGAUGACAGACGAUGUCGUCGCAGCCACCCGCGCCAAAUAUGCAGAGGCUUUCAGAAUCUUGACUGGCAAGUCAGUGGAGGAGGCCGUUGGCGAGCUGAAAUAAGCGGACCUUCGUGGUAUGGUGGACUGGUGUCCUUGUGCGUUGCAUUAGCGAUAUAAUGGGCUGGUGUCUUUGUCCCUUGCAUUAGCGAUAUGGUGGGCUGAUGAUCUUGUACGUUUCAAAAAAGAUAGUGGGAGCGACUAUUAACUUGACAUGAAAUUCUACCUACCUUGUUUAUUAGAUAGGUACUUUAGGCCGUAAUAUACCCUAGUCCCUACCCCUUAUAGGUACUCUAGGUGUCAGGAAC